GCAAAAUCAUGGCGGAGGCAGAGAUUGUGGAGGGUUGCCGAUUGCCUGUACUUCGCAAGAAUCAAGAUAAUGAAGUUGAAUGGCCACUUGCUGAAAUUCUGAGCAUCAAGGAACUUACAGGGAAGAAACUAUUCUAUGUGCAUUAUAUAGACUUUAACAAGCGAUUAGAUGAGUGGGUUACUCAUGAUCGUUUGGAUCUUAAGAAGAUUCAAUUUCCAAAGAAAGAGGCAAAAACUCCAACAAAGAAUGGACUACCUGGAUCAAGACCAAGCUCCCCUGAGAGAGAGGUGAGGAAGAUUCCCGAGUUGAUCCCACCUCCGGUUGUUCCCCCCGCAGCAGGUGGAAAAUCUCUUCCUGUGCCGAAGCGGAAGGUGGACAUUGUAUCUCCUGCAACUCCAGUCCCACCACCUCCAGAGACAACCCAGGUCACUGUCUUUCCACAGCAGGCGCCCUGUGAUGUAGCUGGAGUGAGUGCACAUACAGUGAUGCUGUCUCAAAAUGGUGCAGUGCGCAGACCCAGUGCUCCUGCAGUGCAACCUGGACGCAAGCGCAAAUCUAACUGUCUGAGUGCAGAUGAGGAUUCCCAGGACAGCUCUGAUGGGAUUCCUUCUGCACCUCGUAUGACAGGGAGCUUGGUGUCUGACCGCAGCCAUGAUGACAUCAUUACACGAAUGAAAAAUAUUGAGUGCAUUGAGCUUGGUCGGCACCGCCUCAAGCCUUGGUAUUUCUCACCAUACCCUCAGGAGCUAACAGUAUUGCCUGUCCUCUAUUUAUGUGAAUUUUGCCUGAAAUAUGUGAAGAGUCUUAAAUGUCUACAAAGGCACCUGACAAAAUGUAACCUACGCCACCCUCCAGGAAAUGAGAUCUACAGGAAAGGAACAAUCUCCUUCUUUGAGAUAGAUGGGCGCAAAAACAAGAGUUACUCCCAGAAUCUGUGUCUUUUAGCAAAGUGCUUUCUGGACCACAAAACAUUAUAUUAUGACACUGACCCUUUCCUCUUCUACAUCAUGACAGAGUAUGACUGCAAAGGUUUUCACAUUGUUGGUUACUUUUCCAAGGAGAAAGAAUCCACAGAAGAUUACAAUGUGGCCUGUAUCCUAACCCUGCCUCCUUACCAAAGAAGAGGUUAUGGCAAACUGCUUAUUGAAUUCAGUUAUGAGCUGUCUAAAGUUGAAGGGAAAACUGGAACACCAGAGAAACCACUAUCAGAUCUUGGGCUGCUUUCCUAUCGAAGCUACUGGUCACAGACAAUCCUGGAGAUUCUAAUGGAACUUAAAACAGAAACUGGAGAGAGGCCUCAAAUUACCAUAAAUGAAAUCAGUGAGAUCACAAGCAUAAAAAAAGAAGAUGUCAUCUCCACAUUACAGUAUUUGAACCUGAUCAAUUACUACAAGGGCCAGUACAUCUUGACACUUUCAGAAGAUAUUGUGGAAGGCCAUGAAAAAGCUAUGCAGAAAAGAGUUUUGAGGAUAGACUCCAAAUGUUUGCACUUUACACCCAAAGACUGGAGCAAGAGGGGGAAAUGGUAGUGGAUGGAGUAACGAGAAAUCUGAGACAAAACAAGACUGUCUGAUAGGCAGACGUAUCAUUGUUACUCUUAUUAAAGAGUGCUGUUACAUUUUUUUUUAACACCGGGGAAGUUCAAACAUUAAUAUAAAUUCAUCAUAGUUUCAUUUCACAACCAGUAUCUGGUACACAUUUGAACUUCAUGCAUUGCAAGUUCAACCACAACCAAGUCAGUAGAAUCAUAACUUUGUAUUUCAGACUUUAUGUAAAUGAAAGGGCACAAACCAAAACAGCACUAGGUAAGCAGUGCCAAAUAUUUGGAUUUAUUUAUAAAAUGCAUUCUAGUAGCUGAAAUGGCACUAGUUCCAAGACAGCAACCAUUUCUGGUCAGAUUUCCUGAUGGAGGAAACUAUUACAGUCUUUAUACAUGCUUGUUUUAUAUACUAACUAACCAUUGUAACCCCUCCAGGGGAAGUGAAUAUUGAAUAGAAUCUUUGUUUUUCCAGAUGUUACAGUAUAGCACUGCUGCAGGCAACACUGGGCAGUGCUGUUCUGCAUGUUUAUUCAGUGGUUACAAGGUUUUUAAUUCAGAAACAGGUUAAAAGUAUGUAUAUAUUUGUGGCAGUAGUAGCUGAGAUGGUACAGAUGUGAUCUAGCCACCCCUUUUAGAAAGUGGGAAGGAAAGCAGGACAGUGAAAUACAAACAAAGCUGGAAUUGUGCAUUGUAAAUAUAUAUUGUAAAUAAAACUUUUUAAUACAAAAA